UGCCACUGCAGCCGCUGCUCUGCUGCUAUAUGUGCGACGUAAGCUACGACUUGAUCCGCAGCACCGACUUCUUCGAAUUCUCGCCCCUCCCUCCCUCCCUCACUCGCUCGCAGCAGCUGUUGCUUAUAAAGCACAUCUGCGAGCUCGUUUGCUUCCUGGGUUGCAAACAUCCAUCCAUCCACCCGUCGUACCUUCGCUCGACGCAUUUCCUCGACCUCCACGUUUGAGUAAAGUGGACUUCGACUUCCAGUGUGGGCCGGCACGAGCUCCAUCUCCAACCACCGGAAUUUCCACGUGCACUGUGACAAUAUGGCAUUCAUGUCGCUCCUCGUGAUGGUUUUGCUCGUCGGUGUUCAGGGUGCGGCUGCGGCUUUUGACUCUGACGAGGAGAAAAAGUGGGUCCAGCUGCAUGGCUGGCUCAUGUGGGGAUCGAUGGGAUUUCUGCUACCAAUUGGAAUUCUUCUCGUCAGAUGGACCAAGCCUAUGACAGACGUUUAUGAGACGCCCUCAUCAGCUCGCGUGUGGACUUUAUUUUACCUCCACAUCAUUUGCCAGGUUCUGGCACUUGCUCUGGCCACUGGUGGUGCCGCCGUUCUCUUUGUCAAAGUGGGAACACAAUUCUACUACACUCACCAGCGCCUUGGAUUAGCGAUAAUGUGCUUGAUCUGGUUCCAGCCUGUAAUUGGCUUGCUCCGCCCUGCAAAAGGCUCAAUUUACAGAUCUAUUUGGUUCGCUAUCCACUGGGUUUUCGGAACUGGAGCCAUGUUCCUAGGUAUCAUCAAUAUCUACAUCGGUGUCCGAAUCUAUGAGUUAAUCUCAGGGACGAGCAUAAGGACUCUCAAUAUAGUCUUCUCGGUUUCAGUGGCGAUCAUGUGCUUUCUGUACUUGCUGCAAGACAGAUGUGGACAUAUGGUGAGCCAAGGCAGACAGCACAAGCCCGUGCCUCAACACAGCAUGAACUUGUAAAUUACAUGUCGCUUCACCCUGCUCACUACCAUGGAUUUGCGAGCUGUUCAUGGUUCGAAACUCUUGGACUCUUAUUUUCAGAAGAACUGAAAGACCGUCGAUUAAGUUGUCCGCAGUCUUUGACUGCAAGCUCCAGACGGAUGUUUCUGUAUAUGAUGGUGGAAGCAGGACCCUCUAGAACGAAAAGGAGCCUCUUCUCACCGCCCUGUAGACGUGCUUACACGGAUAUCUUUAGCUGUGAAGCUCUUGCCUCAUGCUCAGCUACCCAUGCUCACAGAUGCUAGAUUGAUAGAAUCAGGAUGAUAUGAAUCUAACCAUUAGGAAAUAACUCCAUCUUUAGAGGUGUUGAUUAAAAGCUUGAGUUUCCUUGUAAGAAACUUAGCCACUCCCACCCAGAGAUGGAGAAGGACGUCCACUUUGUCUUGUAGAUUUCUUUGACGAUAAUAAAAUGUAAUAUAAAACCACUUCACGC